AGCAUCUACCGUGUCUCAAAGUAAUCCAGACAGAUAAGUUUACGAUGCUUGAACGGCAGCAGCAACAGCAGCAGGAAAUGGAGGAAGAGGGGACGCAACAGAAGCCGUCGCACUCAACGACAUGUCCGUUCGACGAUUGUACAAUCCUUAUUCCGGAUGAAAAGCUGUUGGAUGGGCAUAUAUUUAUGCACAACGCGCUCACGACCCGGCCUCCCUAUCCAUGUUUUGAGGAGGAAUGCUCCAGCUUCUUCGACACCAAGAGCGGCAUCCUUGCCCACGCCCUCACUCAUAAGAAGUAGGGUUAUAGCAGAACAUGGCUACAAUAGAACAUAAUGUAUAACAGUAGCAAUAC